AUGAUAAUAUCCGGAAGUGUGAUUGUAAAAGUCAAGUGGCUUAACGAGGAAAAAGAUGUGGCGUGUCUUAUCCACGAGAGCUGCAAGGGAAACGAUGAUUUGAUUUUGGGUACCAGCGCCCUAGCUUCAUCGAAAAAGUGGGGUGAAGAGAUGCUGCGAUCGCUCGGUCAGAUGCAACAGCAUUUGGAAGUGCCUUAUGUGCAGAAAGGGUGUUGA